AUGACAGCCUCCAGUAAAAAAGAUACAACACGAAGUCUUUUCAAUCUUUGGAUCCCAACUAAAGUCGUCGUCUCUGGAAAGCCAGACACAUCUCCAACUGAUUCCGGGACGACAGAAAGUCCGGCAUCAGAGCCAAUUAUCCCAAGGGCUGGAAAGGAUCGGCUUAGGGUUCGUUUAACUCGCAGUGGCUCUAAGAUUCUACUGUUGCUGGGCUUGCGCGGUUCAUCCAAGAGCAACAAAGUGUUCAGUGCCGACACCGAUUGCUGUGAUUCCGUACAGGCCGGCGACGAAAGCUCGGAUCCCUCAAACUCAUCCUCCCCAAGUGGUAACGGUGAUGAUAGCCCGGGAUAUCUGACUGCAGCCGAGUCCCCUCAAAGCGAACCAAUACCUGUCACUCCUUCACUCAGCAUCCUCACCGAAGGGAUUGAAACUUUGUCUGAGCCCCUUCCCGACCUCCGACCGUCACCCGAGAGUCAGGCGUUUGGCCAGGCCACUGUCAUACGCCAUGUACAUCUUCGGUCGAGACCGAGUGUACUGCACGCCAGUUCUCCAGUACUAGACGAUCUUAGCGGACAGAAUGAUGGUGCCAAUGACAGCUCAGACCCAUCAACUAGCCCCAGUAGUGGUAGGUCUCCUGCUGGUGGACAGUCAACCUCACUGACUCCACUCACGUCCGGGGGGCCGUCUCCUUCCUCGGAUAAAGACAAGUUACACGAUGAACACGAAACUGCAGUGGUGCAUUGGCCCUCUCUCUCUGAGAUCAAUGAAUUUGCCAACGCUUCAGGUACAGAUUUAUUUACGAUAACGCCGUCAAUCAAAACCGCGGAAGCAACAGCAGUAGCAAAAGUUUACUUGGAGCUGUACUUCAACUCCAUUUUCCAAAACAAAGAUCCCCGUCAGCAACGUCAGCUCGAGUUAGAGCAUCAUAUCUAUGCGUUUGAUCUCACGCCCGAAGAGCGCUUGAUGACAAGGCACAACUGGGUUUUGAGAGAGAACGAUUAUCUGCGACAGUGCCGUGUGCUCAAAUCAAAUAGAUACUGCACUCAAAGCGAAAGCGUCAUGUCUGUCGCCGGGUACAAAGCCAUAAAGUUACUCGGGAAAGGAAGCUUUGGUGUUGUGCGUCUUGUUCGACAGAGUGGCAGUGAUUCGAAGAGUUCCCAUGAAGAUGACCCAUUGGCUCUCAAAGACAACAAUGUCCACCCCAGAUCGAAUCCUCUUGGAGCUCUGAUGUCUGCCGUUGAAGGUGCCAAACAAAGCCGUCGAAGGUAUAUGACUGGUGAGAAGAAGGAGGUAUAUGCCAUGAAAGUCAUCAAAAAGUCAGAAAUGAUCCGCAACUCCCAGGAAGGCCAUAUUCGAGCGGAAAGAGAUUUCCUCGUCGCCUCUGAGAGCUCCCGAUGGGUUGUUCCUUUGAUCGCCAGCUUUCAAGAUGCCCACAAUCUAUAUCUAGUGAUGGAUUACAUGGUUGGUGGUGACUUUUUGGGGUUACUAAUCCGCAAAGAUACACUCCGCGAGGACUGGGCACGAUUUUACAUCGCUGAAAUGAUAUUGUGCAUUGAAGAGGCACAUCGACUUUGCUGGAUUCAUCGCGAUGUCAAGCCUGAUAACUUCCUCAUCUCUGCGUCGGGUCAUUUGAAAAUUUCCGACUUCGGUCUUGCUUUUAAUGGGCAUUGGUCGCAUGAUCAAGCGUAUUAUAACAGCCAUCGCUACUGUUUGCUGGAGAAACUUGGCAUUGAUGUCAAGGGUGAUUCCGAAGACCAGAAAGAGGUUGCCGAAGCGAAAGAGCUCGCGCCUGAGAUAAAAUUGCACAGUCUGGAUGACUAUACUGUGCAUCAGCCAUCCUCGACGAGUUUGUUGGAUUGGAGGAACAGCAAGGGGAGACGCAGGUUCGCAAAAAGUGUUGUUGGAACCAGUCAAUACAUGGCACCUGAGGUCAUUCGUGGUGAAAUGUAUGACGGACGAUGCGACUGGUGGAGCUUGGGGAUCAUUCUAUACGAGUGUCUAUAUGGUUUCACGCCCUUUGCCUGUGAAAAUCGUCAUGAUACAAAGAUCAAGAUCCUUCAACACACAAGAAUUCUGCGAUUUCCACGGGAGAAAUCCACGGACAAGUUAAUCUCUCAAGAGGCCAUUGAUCUUAUUACCAGGAUUCUCCAAGAGCGCGAGUAUCGCCUGUGUUCUCCGAAGUACCAAGCCAAUGAUAUACUGAAUGGACGUCCCGUCUCAACUCAACUGCUGUACUCCAUGGACGCGCGGUACAGAAAUAUCGCGAGCUACUAUGUUUACCCCAACGAUGCAGCAGACAUCAAGAUUCAUCCGUUCUUCCGAGGUAUCCGAUGGCAAGAUCUUCACAUGUGCCACCCACCAAUGAUCCCCAGAGUCAGGAACUGGGAGGACACUAGAUAUUUUGACGACUGGAAGUUGGCCGGUGAUGAUGUCGAGCAUGCUGCUGAUAGUGGCUCGGAGGAUGGUGAACAAGAGCCUGACCAAAUUACCCCUGAGAAUCAAGAAAUCAGUCCAGCCAAAGACGCUGUUGAGCCGCUAGUUGCUGAGGCUACCCCAUGCACAACAGCACAAGAGCAGACAAAAGAUGCCAAAAAGAAAAAGGAGAAGAAACGGCCCCGCGACAAAAUCCUUCGGGACAAACAGACGAGCAAGACAGUCUUGGACAUUCGCAAAAAGGGCGCUUUUCUGGGGUACACAUACCGGCGACCCAACGAUGUUGCUUUGGCUUUCAGCACAGAGCGAGGGCGUCAACCUUAUACCAGAGGCCAAUUGGCUGGCCUAUACACAUCGUGA